AUGACCGGUUCGCGCUCAAGGUCCCCCUCAGCACGACCAACCACUCCAGACCCAAACAGAGCCCCCGCUGCCUCGCCCAGAGAUCGUUCAUCAAUCGCUCAGCUCGACGUUACAGACGGCGGUCUCCUCCUCGACGACAUCCCCACGUAUCAGCUCAGCGGCUCCGCAAAUCUAUCAAUACCCAUAUACGGAACUGGCUCCCCCUACCCCACGAUCGCCGGUUCAAGCUCUCCGUCAAGGUCCAGGGCUCGCUCAGCUACUGAAGAUUCCUUGCCUGCUCCUUUAUACACUCCCCCAAACUCUUAUCAACCAUCCACGCGUUCUGGCCCAGCUCUUCCAAUGUAUCAGCCAGGGCAGCGACAUCCACCCGUGGCGGAUCCGUCGCGCCAAUAUGUCCCACCGCCUCCGCCAAUGUCUCCUCCUAUUCAGCAAAGCUUUAUAUCAAUACCCCCUCCUCCUCCGCGACCUGUGGCAAAUCAGGCCCACCAGCAUCCGGGCAUUAUGAUCCCUCCUCCGCCAGGCCCUCCACCAGGAGGAAUACAGUCGAGUUGGCAGAAUAACUGGGGUCGAUCAUAUGAUUCGAGGGGAUUUCCUCUCCCACCGCCCAAUCCACCUUCGAAUACUCAACAUCAGGCUUACAAUCCCAGCCAGACGUAUGUUAACCCACAGCCCCCGCCCCUAUCAAUUCCCCCACCGCCCGCCAAUGAGCAUCAGAUGUCAGCAACAUAUAUACCGCAUGGGGACUCAUUCGGACCUGGUGUGGGCAUACCUGGUUUUGGAAGACAAGAACCAAGCUUCAGCAGAGGAGAUAGCUCUGAUUUCUCUGCUAUUUCCGAAAGAUCAAACUCUAGAGAUACUUUCGAGACGAGCCUUACAACACCUUUAGAUGGUAGCGGUUACUAUCAAGACCGAUACCAGACACAGACACCCAUAUCGCGGUAUAAUAACCUUCAUGUGGCCGAGUACAACUCCCCGGGACCGCCCGCAUCAAAUCAUUUCAAUUCGCAACAGGCAAACAAGGGCCUUAGUGCCACUCCAAGUGGCAACCACCAGCAUACCGCAAGUAACCAGUCCAAUGUCUCAAACUCGCCUAUCGAUGCCGGGUCGCAAUGGCCCAUGGAGAGGGUAUUAUUAUGGCUGGCAAGCAAUCAGUUCUCGGCUGAUUGGCAAGAGACUUUUAAAGCUCUCAACAUUGACGGCUCUGUGUUUCUCGAAUUAGGUAGCGGGCAUGGAGGCCGAGGCAACUUCGGGAUGAUGCAUCAACAAGUCUACCCGCGCCUUGCAAAGGAGUGCGCUAAUAGCGGUACUGGUUGGGAUCAAGCUAGGGAGCGGGAAGAGGGCAAGAGGAUGCGUCGCCUUAUCAGGGGUAUCGUCACUGGCAAAAGCGGAGACAUGACCAAGUCGUCCCACACUCGUCGGGAAUCCUCGACGGCCAAUGUUCCUAGUGCUGGCACAGAGGGAACUCUGGAAUCUUCCCCAAAUCUUGGCCGUGAAAUCCAUAUUUCAACACCAAGUAUGACGAAUGGUGACGAUGAUAGCCCGGGCAAGCAGAUGUUGAAAGCCGCCGGACCGGGCUUUGGGACACGGAGAUUCUCCAAUCGAAGCGCCACAAUGCCUAUUUUAAGCAGUAACAGCAAUGUUUUGGGGGAAUCAGAGCCAAGUAACAACUCGCAGAAUAGAAGCGGGUUUCGAAAUGCAUUUCGUACUGUUGAUGGGGGAGAUGGGGGUCAUCGGCAUAGCCCCAGCAUCGGUAGUGAAGCAGGUGAUGGUCCGUUCAGGCCACCCGCUCUCCGAGUGGAUAGUAGCCCCAAACCGGACAGUCCAGGAGCUACUCUUGCGGCGAUACAAGCUGGAAUCAUUGGGAGUAUCCCAGUUUCGCCACGUGGUGGCAUAUUCGGCCAUCGUUCCAACAAUAGCACUGAUUCAAUCUCGUCAAGUACAGCAGUUUAUGGUUCUGGUGUACCUGCUGGAGCGAGUCAUAUCCUGCGAGGUGGGAUGGGUGGAGCAGUGGGCGAAACGAGUCUUGUGCGCAAUCAAGAUGGCCGUCGUCAUGGUGUUGAUGGGGCACGGCCUUCGCCGGUGGACACCGGUGAUCGGUCAAUCGCUUUGGAGCAGCCUACCUCAGCCAAAGAAUCGAAAGGGUUCCUCAAGCACUUCAGAAAGAAGAAGAAGGAAGAUGGAGUUGCACCGUCUCCAGAAGAACCAAACCUUGAAUCGCCUACAAGCCCAUCUCUAGGCUUCAAACCCCCACCAUUUCUGGGAAAUGGCAAGAUCAGCAACUCCAGUGAGACUUCGCUAGAUCGACCUUCUUCGACCUUCUCUGCUUCCGAAUAUGACCGCUUUGCACAUACGACAGGUUAUCGCGGUAGACGCAAUACUCCGGGGAGAACCUUCAUCCUUGCUACACUUGACGGCUGGAACUUCCGUAUGUGCGACGUCACUGACAUCGAUUCCGCACUUGAGCUUCGAAAUUCAAUAUGUUCCAAUCUAGGCAUUCAAGACACCGAAUCCGCUCAGAUAUAUGUGACCGAACUUGGUAAAGUCAAGCACGACGAGGUACUUGAUGAUGCAAAGUUACUCCUACAUAGACGGACCAAGGCAGACCAGUUUGGAAGCCUCAAAUUCUAUAUCCGCGCUCCAGCAAGCCCAACUCCAUCUCAGAGUGUGCCUCAACCUACAGGCUUUGGAGCAAAACUUGCAAAUAAGUUGGGAUUGUCUCCUAUCUUACCUCCAACAGCACCAUUAGACGAGGAAGCAUAUGCCAGACUCUCGGGGACAAGAAGACGGUCUAGCUCAUCUCCUCCAAGCUCUCGUCAGAAUACAAUCAAGGCAGGCGGGUCAACACCGAAUGCCCAAUCCGAUCCCCAGUCAGAUGCCCUGCGAGAUCGAUUGAUGCAAUUCAAAUCAUCUCAAGAGGGAGGAGAAAGCCAGCUUCCUGAGUCUGAGAGGCAAGCAUUCAUGGAGCUAGCUGCAAAGGAGCACAAAGCUGAGAUGGAACGGCGGCAAAAGGAAUACUUGGCUAAGAAGAAAGCCAAGGAAACGCACUCACCCGCUGAUGGCCCAGUUGCUACCAUUGGCCGGUAUGUCGAUUUUGACCAGCCGCGGAAUUCUCCUUUCGAAGACAAGAAACUUGAUAGCCUCCUACCCCAAAGAAAGCCGCCUCCACCACCAGCUGAGUCGGCUACGUUGAUCAAAGCCAACUCCUUAAGCAGGAGGACAGAUCAACAACAAUCUAGAUUGUCCCUUACAAGCGUUGAUAGUGACUCGUCCCCGACCCUCCCCAUCAUGCUACAGGAGAUGACCGAGCUUGGUUACCGCAAACCUGUGCCUGCAUCCCCACAAGCCAGUGGUGGCAGUGGUGCGGCGUCGGUUGGCAAGAGCAAUCGCUUAGGUGGGGGUCAAAGUCAUUCCUCAAACGCAUCACCAAGCAAGAGAUCAACGCCAAAUAGUGGUGUUGACCAAACGGAUGGUAACCGAAAUGCAAUGUCAACGGUGGAUUUAGGAACAUCUGGCUCUGGUAGAAGUAGUCCUAGAUCUGCCGGCGGCACGCCUGGCAGUGUAACGUGGGGCAAAGGAACUCUUCCGUUCAUAGUUCCCGAUUAUUCCCCAGAAGGUGAAGAGGCAGUCUCUGUAUCCUUGAAGACGCCCGAUGAUCCUUCUAUGACUAAAGUGGGAGAAGAAGGGAACCGAAGGGCAGCCUCUCCAUCCAACCUCAGUCCAAGCAGUCCGGAGGCCCAUGCUACCUCGGAAAACCGCAAGUCUUACGGGCCUAAUUUUGAUUUCACAGAAUCAAAUAUAGACUUCGGCAAUUCAAACGACCAAGUAGAGCAAGUCGAUUCGGGUGACGAUGAUUCAGACGAUGGUCUCUUUGCGGUACCAAUAGCCUCUCGCAAACCAGCCAAGAAGCCUAGUCUUAGAAGAGCGCCAUCGGCUGAUCAGAAUCUUAAUGACUCCGAAGGGAUUGGGAAACGCCCAAGCUUGACAAUCAGGACGUCGAGAUCGAAAAAGGGGCUGUCCGUGUCAUUUUCGUCGCAGCAGAAUUCCAAUAAUGCAGCAACCAAUACUAAUAGAACUCCAGAGUUUGAGGCUGAUAGCUCUCGGAGUGGAGGCAAACGACCUCAGCGUCGUACUCCUGCCUCUGCGGCUUCUGCUUCAGAAGGUGGCUGGUCUGCAGAAUCGUCCGAGGAAAUGAAUGCCAAAUUACUUCGACGAGAAUCAUUUGCGAGAGAGGAUGUGUGGGCGAACAGACCUCCAGCAGAAGCUCUCAUUAACCAUCUGGAUGACUACUUCCCAAAUUUGGAUCUCGAUCAACCUGUUCUAGAGGACGGAGUAGGCGGUGGCGAAGUGUCACCAAUAGCAGAACAAGACACGCCGGACACUCCAUUGGAACCGGCAGCAAGGAAAGCAAGCAUAGACAUUGACGAUGAACCACCUCAAAUGAAGCCUCGUUUAAGCGCAGUGUACAACGACGCCGAUACCUUGGGAUCAGACGAGUCGACCCUGAAGGCAAUGGAACCGCCUAGGUCAAUGCAGAGCGUUGCGCAAAGAAAUGUCCGCCGUUCUGGGGGCUUGGGACGGAUGAAAUCCAUCCGUGAAGUAGCAAGGGGUGCACAUGAAGCAAACAAGCGGUUUACAGCCCCGACGCAGCAAGGUGAUGCAUCGGGCACAAUUCUCCGCCGGAAGAGCACGAAAAUGUUUGGUGCUAAUAUUGUACAAAUCAAACCCCAACGCGGCAGUACAAUCGUACCGCAAAUUCCACAAGACAACAUUCCAAAGCGGCAAGCAACUUUCCGCUGGUUUAAGGGUCAGUUGAUUGGCAAAGGUACGUACGGACGAGUGUAUCUAGGAAUGAAUGCCACGACUGGAGAGUUCUUAGCCGUCAAGCAAGUUGAAGUCAGCGCCAAAGCUGCCGGAAACGAUAAAGAGAAGAUGCGCGAGAUGGUAGCAGCUUUGGACCAAGAAAUCGAUACAAUGCAGCAUCUCGAUCAUGUCAACAUUGUUCAAUACCUAGGCUGUGAGCGGAAGGAGAUGUCUAUCAGCAUCUUUCUUGAGUAUAUCUCCGGUGGCAGCGUGGGAAGCUGUCUUCGAAAGCAUGGCAAAUUUGAGGAAAAGGUGGUGAGCUCCUUGACCCGUCAGACACUGGCAGGGUUGGCAUACCUUCAUCGGGAGGGCAUCCUGCAUCGGGAUCUGAAGGCCGAUAACAUUCUACUGGAUCUGGAUGGGACGUGCAAGAUAUCAGAUUUCGGUAUCUCCAAGAAGACGGACAACAUCUACGGCAAUGAUGCAUCGAACUCGAUGCAGGGUUCGGUCUUUUGGAUGGCCCCUGAAGUUAUCCGCUCCCAAGGCGAAGGGUACUCCGCGAAGGUUGACAUCUGGUCUCUUGGAUGUGUGGUCCUUGAGAUGUUCGCGGGUAGGAGGCCUUGGAGCAAAGAGGAAACUGUAGGAGCAAUCUACAAGCUAGGCAGUCUGAACGAAUCCCCGCCUAUUCCUGAUGAUGUUGGAAUGACCAUCAGCCCUGUAGCGGUUGCCUUUAUGGCUGACUGCUUUACCAUCAUUCCCUCCGAACGCCCGACCGCAGAUACUCUGCUCUCUCAACAUCCCUUCUGCCAACAUGACCCUAACUACAACUUCCUUGAUACGGACCUAUAUGCUAAAAUUCGCGGCGCUUACUAAUUCUUAUUUUCUCAUUCUCGCAUUUCACGGCGCUUGGCUGCAGGCAUAUGAAUAAUGGAGUUAUUAAAUGCGUAUUUGAUAUACCACUUCUCUCUUAAGAUUCUCAGGCAUGUAUUGGUUUCUAGCAAAGCGCAGGCGUGCGAGCGUCGAGGAUAUUUUAUAUAGAGGGAGUGUCUUCCCUAUAUUAGUGUGUGAUAAUAUGAAGACAGAAAAUCAAGAAUGAGACCG